AUGGCAUCCAUUGUCUACCACCCCGGAGGCUGCUCGUCUGGAAAUGGCCUUGUGACGCUUGUUUCAGCUGGAUCAGCUGGCACUGGUACAUGCUUUUUCAACGAUGGCGCAUUCCCCAAUGGUAACCCAUCUGGAGGAUACGAGAUUCAAGGCAUGCCGGCCACAGUGUCGGUCACCAUCUCGCAAGGUCCACCUGAUGGCACCACUUGUGGCGAAGAGCUCAUUGCUCUGGAACACCAAAAUGGAUGCUACGACCUCCCGAAUCUUUCCAACAGAAUUUGGUGGGCAUUUUGCAACACCGGAAAAGAUUGUCCCGGUGUAACUGCGAAGCGCUCAUACCCUCCACCAAUCAUGGUCAAGAAGUCAGUCCCUGCCAUCGAAGAGAGGAAGAAAGAAACCAGAAGCCAGGGUGUAGUCUACACCGACGAGAAGGGUGAUUACCUCCUCAGUUCUACCGGCCGACGUGUCCCAGUUGUGUAUCACAACGAGACAUUGGAGGCGGAAUUGAACAGUUCCCCAAUUGAGAAGCGACAAAGCCAGACGUUCAACCCGCCCAGCAACUGCGUUUUGGAUUCCGGCACAUGUCAAUCUCUGGCUGAUUCUGGUCAGCUAAAGGCUCUUUGCGUCGACUGCGAGCAGGGCCUAGGAAAUGGAGUUAAAGCGUCUGGAUCCUCAAUGAUUGAUUGCCGAAACUCUGGUGGACCAUGCCCCGUCACAUUCACUGAUUCCGUCACUGUAACCGACACCAUCUCCGAGAGCAUUACCUUUGGAGCCACUAUCGGUGACACAGGCAAGGACGGUGCUAACGGAAAUGCAAACUUUAACUUUGGAAUCAGUGUUUCUAUUGCUACUACGCAUGGUACUUCUGAGGGACUGCUGAUCCCCCAGGGUAAAAUUGGUUUUGUUCAAUUCCAGCCCCAGGCUCAGCUCGGCACUGUUGUUACGACCAGCUCCCAAGGAAACGUUUGCGACAGCGCUGGCCUCAACAAGAUCUGUGGAGCUCAGCCGGGUAUCCUUGUUAGCAGCAACAACGAUGCUGAUGGACAGUACAGCGUGGUCCUGAGCAGCUAA